AUGGAAGAAGGGAGAAAAUGUUGGUUCAUUUUUUUUCUUUGUAGUAGUAUUUGUUUAUUUCCGAAGGUCGGGAAAAAUAUUUUUCGAUUUUCAUUUCGAACUUAUUAUUACUAUCGUGUUCAAGUAAGCGCCAAUGUCAACGAAGUGUAGCGAAAAUCGCACGAAAAAAUUUCAAAUAUCUGAAAAACCAUUUUACAAAAACUUUUCGGCGAAUCAUGGAAUUAAAUAUUACAAAAAAAUGUAUUAAUCGAGAUUUGAAAAUUUCCGAGGACGUUAAGAAAGAUCCAAUAGGCAUUUUAGAAAGGAUUAACUUUCUGAUGCUAAUUUUUUCUGGGAAUUGUAUCAAAAUUUCAAGAAUGCGCACAGUUUCAAAGCUCGAGCUCAAUGCCUAGGUAUUAUCAGAAAAAAAGGAAAGAAGCUAAAUAAAAAAUGCUAAAGUUUUUGUUCUUUCAAUCAAGCCCAAAAAAAGGUCAACAGAAAAAGAUUUGGGGAAAUACUUGACCGAACUUCUGAAGGCCGGAUUCCAGUUGAUAAAUGGUCGCUGAUGGUGUGUUAUCAGUGGGGCGCGGAAGGGCUCCGCUUCGUCUGGCCUUCCUUCCCAGCAAUCAAUUGACGAUCAGCGCAGUUUUACGAGAUUCCGUUAAAAUCUCCAUGCAAAAUGUUUGAUGGAGGCGACAGACGAGAAAAAAAAAGAGCGGUGGGCGGAGUCUGCCCCGGGGUACCGGAAAUGCUGCAAACGGUUUUUCCUGCAACAGACGAGGCACCGUCUCUUCAGAGCUCCCAGUUACAUUUAAAUUUUUUUCAAAUUUUUUUAAAUAGCUUUAUUUUUUUUAAUUGCAAACUUUCUCAUUACUUUCAGUAUCAAGAAACAACAAGCCUUAUAAUUUUUUUGGUCUUGAAAAAAAUAUUAUUUUCACUACAUCGUGUGAACAAUGUGAAGUGAACUUUUUUUAAAUUUUGUCAAACAUUUUUGAUGAAUAUUCAUUGGCCUAUAUUUUUGUUACAUUCUUUCCAAAAAGGUUUCACCAGUACUAGGCAAAAAAUGAGGUCUCAAAAAUACGUCACGUCGGAACUUUUAAACUUUUUUUCCCUCUCCCUGCUCUUUCAGACAUCUCGACAAGUUUUUGUGAAUCAACUUGUGCAAUACUCGAAAUUACGCAUAGUAAACAAGUAAACAGUGAGAAUGUCUUGGAACCACGCGAAAUGACUCAAUAUUUGUGCGCAAAUCAGAUUGAUCAGCGGAUAUUGGACGCGUCAUUCAGAGUGAUAAACGUCGGUCCCAACGGUUGUUUUUCAGUUGAGUCCCAUCCUCAUUAUAAGUGUGCGACAAUGAUACGCGUGGCGGUCUUCCUGACCUUCGCGGCUAUAGGAACCGUUGCGUCGGACUCGCCACUACUCGAAGCCUACCGACGCAUGUUCGGCGUGGCCGACGUCGCCGAUCCGCCGGUUAUGCUGGAAGUCUUCGGCGAGUCGCUUUGUCCCGACACCACCAGGUUUUCCAUCAUGUUCUACUCCAGUUGUCUUUAUAAUGUCCCACCAAUUUAUUUUCUCAAUUUCGAAAAUCUUCGGCCGCCCGUUGAAUGGGUCGAGACAGUCAGCUUUUGAGGCUUUUCCGACCAAAAACGGGGUCAUGGCAAAGCAUUUGAGCGACUAGCUUUAGGUUCUCAGAGCCAUUCCACGAGCGAUCAUUGUGUUUGAAGUUUUGGAUGGGAGAAAUGUAUACCUUUUCUAAGGAAUUCGAACAUUUGAAAGUUCAUUUUUUUCGUCGUUUCUCCUUCAUCUUUAUUUUUCAAAUAUUUUAGACAAUGUUUUUUUUUCUAGUUUCUCACCUAACAGCUCAAACUGUGAUUUUCAAACUAGGAGAAUUAUUAGAAUUUUCUAGUUAAUACCCAUUUCAAAGUAAGAGUUUGCUUUCAGAUCUACAUUUUGCCUUUUAUUUUCAGUUUUUCCAAAAAAACUGAAAUCUCAUCGAAAAGAACGGAAGACCAAAAAAAUCUUUUGAUGUUUUUGAAUGAUCAAUUAUUCGUUGCCAUUUCGAAAACAUUUUUAUUUAUUUUUUUGGUUUGAUUUGCUCUCAUAAAUAAUAAAAAGCUGAACAAAUUUUUCAAGCAUAAGAAGUCUGGAAUUCUUUUUUUCCUUGCAUUGAAAUUGUUUUUUUCGACCGGGAAGAACAAUUAAUUAAACAUUUUUGAUUCCUUGGUUCACUGCUUUCCAAUGAAAAAGUCAUUCUUUAUUCUUUUUUUAUUCAAAUUGUGAGAGAAUUUCAAUAAAAAAACUAUUCCUUUCAUAGCCGAAAAAUUUUUCUGAAGAAAAUUUCAUUGAAUAGGGAACAAAGAAACUUUUUUUGGUGCUUUUCCUUUAAAAAAAGAAUUGAGAAAGGCACCCGGAAUAAUAAAGGAAAGAGCGUUGGCGUUUUGUUACAGUUUCAGAAUCUCAAAAUGUCGUAAAAGAUAGAAGUUUAUGACGGGAAAGCUGUAAACUUUCCUGGAAAAGGUCCCUCAUGGAUAUGUAUUUAAGCUUUUAAGUAUUGAAGUUAAAUUUGCAGAUUCCUGAAAGAGCAUCUUUUACCGACAGCAAAAGCGUUAGAAGGAACUGGAUCAUUGAUUUUGAAGUACCAUCCUUCGGGAGUUCAAUCGGAAUGCUACCUGGAAAAUGGACUGUACAGGUAGUUUGAAGAAAGAACCGUUAAUUGAAUAUACUUUCUUGGUGUUGGAGAAAAAAAAUUUUUUACGGAGUAACCUGAGAAAUUGUUAAAAAAAUUAUAUGAGAAGACCCGUUGUUUCGAGGAAAAAAAUAAAUGACGGAUACAGUUUUUUUAAGAAAGUUCUCAUUUUCUUUUUUUUCUUCGCAGUUUUGAAUGGAAUAUUCUAUUUUUCCAUCGGCUUUUCACUUCUUACUGAUGCAUAUUUUUUUCCAAAUCCUUCAAAGUAGCACAGGAAUCAAUAAAUAGUUUCUAUCGCCUACCUCAUUUAAAAUAAUUAGAUUCUGGAUCAACUCUUGUUCAGCAAUAUAAAAAAUCAUCAUGUCCGAUUUUGAAUGAGAAAAGCUUCGUGAGAUGGAAGCUUUAGCCCAAACAUUUUUCGAAAGGCAACUAGGCUUUAAGGAAAAGUCUUCAGAACGGAGUUCGUUCGAGAUAAUUGAGCUGACGAUUGGUAAAGUAUUCGCCAUUGUUUUGGCCAGUUUGAGGAUGUUGUUAAAGCGUCUCGUUUUGACGCUAUUGAAGUUUUGAAGAUUCCUAAUCAGACUCGAGAAAUCCCAACGAAUUCUCGUUCAGAUGCGAGUGUCAGCACGGCGACCGCGAAUGUUUGCUCAACCAGCUCCAGUCGUGCGUCAUCUCGGCUCUGGAGAUUCCUCAGCUCUACCUGCCCGUCGGUAAGGCUUUACCAACUUUUGAGGCCGAAUGCAAGGUAUUGAUAUAUUGGGUUUGGCCAGAAAAGCUGACCCGACCAAAUUCAUAAAAUCUCGCCCAAUUGUUGCAAUCUUGUUCGAGAGUUGACACAAUAUUGAAUAGAAAAUUUCAGAAUGGGCGUUUGAAACGUGUGUACUCAUUUUAACUCCAAUAAACAUGACAUUUUUUUCCUUUCAAUAAAAAUAUCUUUGAAUAGGAAUCUAAACGGAGUGUUCUAUUUAAUUCGAAUGGAUAUGAGUCAGAGUUUUGCCUCUCAGAGAACAAAGGACCAAGAAGAAAAAAACAGAUAUUUUUUUCGAUUCAUUUAAAAAUCAAACUUUUUUCAAGAAAAAAAAAGUAAAUCUCUGCUCAGUGAACUACUAACGCUGCUGUUGUUUUUUACUUUUAAGAGGACUACAAGAAGAUUUUUUUUUCCUACCAUCUUAGAGUUUAACAAAAACAGGAAUAAUUCAAAAACCAGUCGUUUUAGCAACUAUUUCUUUUGGAUCUCAAAGAAAACUUCUAUUUUUGACCGUCGUGCCGUCGUUAAAUUGUUUCUGAUCGACGACCUCGAAAGUUUCAGAGGGCUCUUUAAAAUUUGAAUUUUACAGCAGCUGAGCGAUGGGGACAACUUCAAGUUGUUGGAAAAUUAGAAAAUAAAGAUAUUCUUUCGAAAAAGUUUUGGGAACUUUGAUAAUAGACAUUUUGCAUGAAAAACUGUUUUUGGCAAGUUUUCUGUUGAAAGGACUCUUUUUCAGUUGUCUGUAUACAAGGAAGAAGCUCCUUCCGAUCGGCUAUUUCCGAGUGUAUCGAAAACGCCGAACCACGGCCAGAACUCGACUCCAGCUUGUAAGUUGUGCAAAAAAUCGUAAUUUUGAAAAUUUUGUACCUCCAACAAAACUAGCGAUUUCUGAGAACUAUUUAUCGGAUAUUGAAGCAAUUAAAAUGCUGUUUUGGAGGGUCAGAGAUAAUUUUGAAUUUCGCAAAAAUCAUUUUGAACACGCAAAUACAAAUGAGAACGAUUAAAAAAGUAUUUUUAUGUUGAUAGAUAUUCUGGUAAAUCGAGUCUUAAAAAUGAGGGAACUGCGAAAAACCGCCAUUCGACAAGAAGAAUAGGAAGAUAACUGAAUUAAUUUUUAGCCAAGUUUGUUUCUAUGCAUAUGAAUACAAGAUUUUCAAAUUAUUUUCUUUUUGAUUUUCCAUUUACUCUUUUUAAACUUCCAAUUAUCGUUCCCAUUUUAGAAUGCGCUUUUUCAUUGUUUUCUGUUUUUGAUCUCUUUUGCUUUCUUCAGGCACGUAGCAUGUUUUUUUAGAGAAUAUCGCUUUGAACGUAGAAAUGUCCAUCUAUUAAAAAUAUGCUGUGAACUUUUUCACCUCGUACCUUUCCUAACGAUUCGAGAAAAGUUUUAUAUCUUGCAAGGAAGGAAAACAUAGAAUAAACCAUUAUUCAAGGUUAUGUUUAAAAAAAAAAUGUUUUUUAGUAUGGCCAGCUGUGCAAAGAGCCAGCUCGGAGUGAAGCUUCUCGUGCAGCAGAACAACGAAAGAAAGAGAAUCGCUCCUAAUCUCGACUGGGUACAGCAUUUUCUUUCUUUAAAUAAUGCUUUUUGUGUAAAAUGCAUGUAUUCACGUUUACCGGAGUCAUAACGACGUAGAGAAGUCAAAAUAGCCUGCCGAAAAUGGACAAAAAAGCUCAAAAACUGAUUUUCGACGGUCUGUUUUUCAGUGCUCUAUGGUGCUUAGCCGUAAUUUUAUUUUUGAGUACUCAUAUCAAGGACUAUCUUUAACCGAAUUUUGACCGAAAUCUGGGCUUUUCUUCUUUGACACUUCCUCGUGAGCCACGCUUCCUUAGUUUUUGAAACCUUUUUUCUUCAUUUCUGUGACUUCUCCCAAUUUUUUGUGCUUUCCUUCGAAUUUUUUGAUCAUUUUAGGUGCCCUGGAUCAUAAUCGAUGGACGACGAGAACCAGAAGCCGAGUACGACCUCAGGACAGCUCUCUGUUCGAAACGCGCCAUUUCUGCGACACCUUUCUGCCAACAUUAA